UCAUUCUCAUUACCUAACAGACAUAAUGGCUGGCAAGGGUGGCAAGGGCAAGGGCGGCCGCGGUGGCAAGUCCAAGUCGCGCACGCGCUCCUCGCGCGCCGGGCUUCAGUUCCCGGUUGGCCGUAUCCAUCGGUUCCUCAAGGAGGGCCGCUACGGCAAGCGCAUCGGCUCGGGUGCUCCGGUCUACCUCGCUGCUGUCCUCGAGUACCUCGCGGCCGAGAUCCUCGAGCUCGCUGGCAACGCUGCCCGCGACAACCGUCGUGCGCGCAUCAACCCGCGCCACAUCCAGCUCGCCAUCCGCAACGAUGAGGAGCUCAACAUGCUGCUCAAGGACGUCUCGAUCGCCCAGGGUGGUGUCCUCCCCAACAUCCACGCCGUCCUCCUCCCCAACAAGUCGAAGAAGAAGUAAGCAAGCUUCGCCUUUCGGCUCGCGCACGCGUGCUCUGGACCUAACACGUCCUACAACAACCUGCGCUCUUCUUAGAGCGCACCCCCGUUCUCCAGCGAGGGCAGAAUAACACAAUCGAUCAACCACCG